UUGGCUAUUCAAAGAUCCUUUGGCUUCUACGCCCCAUUUAAAGACGAGAAGAAAAGGAAAAUCAACCAAAACUCCAUGAGGAGUCAACUUUGUCCAUCUCCGGAACCCAAUUCGGAGCAGAGCACCAUAUCAAUUAACUGCUUCAUCAAUAGAGGUUGAUAAGGGCUUUCUCGGGCUUUUCACGGGCGGGCGACUUGAUGGGGUCGCUGGCGGAUGGCUCCGACGAGCCGCUUACGCCGGCCGGCCGGCUGUUCCUCCAGAAGGAGACCAACCAAGUGGUUUACUGCGCUUUGGGGAUGAAGCACCCGAUUGAUGUCGAAGCUAUGAAGGCCUCGGUAAAGGGGUCUAUCAUGGGGAAGCACCCGAGGUUUGGCAGCCUAUUGGUCCGUGACCGCCGCGGAGUCGAGCACUGGAGGAGGACCGAGCUUGACAUCGACCGCCAUUUUGUCGUAGUCGAUGAACCGGUUACUGAUUCGGGAGAUGAUGAGGCCGCGGUGAAUGAGUACAUGGCGGAUUUGUCGAUCUCCUCGGGGCUUAGCACUGAUAAGCCCUUGUGGGAAGUCCAUGUCCUCAGGGUCCACUACUGUUUGGUCUUACGGGUUCAUCAUUCGCUGGGAGAUGGGAUAUCGCUGAUGUCGAUGUUCUUGGCCUUGUGUCGGAAGGCCAACGAUCCCGAUUCCCUCCCGACAAUCCCCUCUGCGAAACCAAGACCACGGGACGGUUCGUUUUGGAGCAUGGUUCUGAGAUUCCUGCAGAUGGUAUGGUUCACAAUUGUAUUCGCGUUCGGUAUUAUCCGGAGGAGUACGUGGGCCAGGGACCCAAAGAACCCGAUCAGUGGUGGGGACGGCGUUGAGCUGUGGCCAAGGAAGCUGGCCACGGCGAGGUUUUGGCUCAAGGACAUGAAGUUGGCAAAGGCAGCCGUGCCCGAUGCAACCAUCAAUGAUGUCCUUUUCGGUGUUUUAUCAAGGGGGCUGUCUAAGUACUUGGAUGAGAAAUGUCCUAAUUCGAUGCAAGAAGGGCUCCCUAUCACUGGAGUGGCCAUGGUUAACCUGCGAAAACAGCCCGGCUUGCAAGAAUUCGCCGACAUGAUGACCAAGAACCCAGGACUGAGGUGGGGGAACCGAUUCGGGUUCGUACUCCUCCCGCUCUAUUACCGUAAGAACGACGAUCCACUGGAGCAUUUGAGGAAGGCUAAGAAGAUGUUGGACCAGAGGAAGAACUCCUUGGAGGCGCACUUCUCAUACUGGAUCGGAAAUCUCGUGAUGUCGUGUUUCGGGGCGAAGGCCGCAGGCGUCCUCAACCGAAGGAUCCUUUGCAACACCACGUUUACAAUCUCCAACGUGGUCGGGCCUCAGGAGGAGAUUGCAUAUGCGGGCAAUCCCAUAACCUAUAUUAAGGCGAAUUCUUCUAGCCUACCCCAUGCCCUCACCAUGCACAUGGUGAGCUACGCAGGAUGGGCCGACCUUCAGAUUCUGGUGGCCAAGGACAUAAUUCCCGACCCGGAGUUGCUGGCCAAGUGCUUUGAAGACGCUCUACUCGAGAUGACUGCGACCGCUGCUGCAGCUCUUAAAGAUUAGGGGUUGAACAUGCUUGGUGACUCGAUUUGUAUCAUAACGAACAUACCUGGGUAAACACCUAGCCAAAUUUCAGUCAAGGGAAUAAGGUAUGCACAUCAUAGCGUUUUCCAUUUUUUUUUUCCGCCCGGUUAUUAGACCUGGUAGUUUUCGUUUUUUAUAAUGUCUACAUGUGGUGUAAAAUAUUCAUCAUAAAAGUGUCAUCAUAAUUUUUAUUUUUUUUAAUUGUCCUCAUCAUCAUAGUUGAAUGACAAUUCCUUAGUAGGAAAUUGGGGGGACAAUCUACGCAUAUCGGUACCCUUUGGACUGGGUUGGGCUUAAAAGAUAGAUGUGGGCCAGAAGCUCGGCCCAAUUCAAUCAAAUCCAGUAAAUGCCAUAUGAAUAUGAUGUACGUAUGUAUACCUAUGCUAUUCAAAGGAAGGUCCUUUUCUUGUAA